AUGACAGGUACCUUACGCUGGCAUUCCUGCUCAACGAAUGAUUUUCCGCUCAAGAGGCACAAGGUUUCCAAAGCAUGCGAGGCAUGUCGAAGUAAAAAGAUGCGAUGUGAUGGCAAGAAUCCGUGCCAGCGAUGCGAGAGCAACAGGAUCAAAUGUAAAUACAAUGACAAGCCAGCUAGAUCGCGUGCUCCCAAACCAUCUCCACCUCCUUCCAGCACACAAGAGAUCAAACAUCGAAAACCACCACCAUCGCCGCCCAAACAAGACUCUCUCAGAAUGGACUCAUCGGAUUCAGGCACACUAUGGAUUUCCAACAAAAAACUACUCAAAAUAGCGUUCAAAAACCAAUUAUAUGAAACACUCAAGUUUAAAUCACUCAAAACACGCCGCUAUGGACUCUCGCUGCCGCCAUUGCUAGUUGGGUUCUUUGAUACUACAUCUCAAUCAACUAGAAUCUGGACUCGACUGGUCGAAUUGCUGAAUCAAAUGGACACUGCGUAUAUUGAAGACUUGGAACCGAUCAAAAGUAACAUUGUAGAAGAAGCUUUCAGACUAUUCGUUACACACAAUCUGGUGUAUGGCGCUUUCAUUCACACUCAGCUGUUAUCGUUUGUUCUCGAUUCCAAUGCAAUGUUGUAUUAUUACAUGCGUCCAACUGAAUCACAGCAACAGCAGUAUUCUCCACAGCCAUCGUCAUUCCCAUCUAGACCCUCACCAGCAUUAGCAUCUGCAUUAAAUCAUCGCUACUUGCCGUACUUCUCCAUCAUCAUUUACAGUAUACUCGCAAUCACAUUUCUAUCUGCCUAUCUCGUAUUGCCCAACUCGAACUGCUCCAUACCAAGCGAGAAUCUGUACCUGUAUUCUCAUGUAUUCUACCGCGAGGCCCACAAACAGUUUCUUGAAACAUGCUUUCCAACAGCCACAACAGCAUCGAUAUCAGACACGGAGCCUAUGGAGAUGAUGUUUUUGGUACAAGCUUCAAUCCUUUUAGCGCAUUUCCAAUGUCAAGCCAUCAGCGAAGAGCAGGCUUACAUGACCAUUCGCAUCGGUUUGGAUUUUGCCCAGAGAUGCUCUCUUGCCAAAGAUUUGGUACUAGAAGACAAGCAAGACCAAGACAUGGUGAACGCAUUGCUGAUAUCACUGGACUCUUGGUACGCCUGGCUGUCUUUUUACCUUGGAAAACCUUAUUCUGAAAGAGAAUCCAUUGACAAAGCUGAUCCUGAGUCAAAAGAGGCCUGCCCAUCAACUGCGACUGAUAGCUCUCCUUUCUCCAAAAAAUCAAAAGAGCAGCAGUGGGCUUUACAUGUCGCCGAUGUCUAUACGCUGUUCCUGAAAGACGUCCUGUUGAAAAGCAAGCAGCAAAAUACAAGUUUUCCGGCUCUCAAGGACUAUCUGAAAUUGCUACAGACAUCAUGUCUACCAGAACAACGUGUGCUUGAAACAAAUCAGCCCUACAAAACUGUUUGCUUGUACAAUGAUAUACUCACCAUUCAACUCGCCAGCUGUCAUUUUGACUUUAUCGAUACAGCCUUAGUGGAUGCGAGCUCACUGGAUUCAGUCUCUAGCCAAUCCACCGAAAAUACAUCGUUGCCCACUGCAUCAGCUACCAAUGACGAGUUUCAACUGUUUGCAUCAAAACAUGACUUCAGCGUCGUUGAUGUCGCCAUUCAAUCGUCCAAGAAUAUCCUGAGCAUCGUGUAUGAAAUGGUGCAAAAGGAUAUUGAUGGCAGCCAUCCCGUCCCAAGCACAGCCAUCUAUGCGACAUGUCUAGUAUCGCAGCUGCUCUCUUACUGUCAGCGCUGCAAAAAGGUGCCGACCAUGGACAAACGACAACAAGACGCUAUCCAUGCGGCCAAUGUGCUGUAUAAGCACUUACUCAAGUUGCUGAAAUACGCCUCCAACCAGGUGGAAGCUUUGGCUAUUCUACUCGUUCAAUUAACGGACAGCGCAAGUAGCAAUGACAGCAUCAGUAAGAUACCUUCACUGUCAUCAUCACCCUCUAUUGAAAAGCACAUGCAAAAGAGCCAUGUGCCACCGUCUCCCUCUCCUUCAUCAUCUUCAGACGUAGCUGCUGUAAAUCAAGCGACAACAGUGACUCCCGCGUCAGUUAUUAACAACAACAGUGCUUCGCACGAUACAGCAACUCCAUUCGACAACAACAUGAUGUCUAAUGAGCUCUUGGUAACAGAAUCCAGCUUCAGCCUUACUCCCAAUACUGCGAAAACAGCCUUGGAUCACCUAGCGUCUGCGCCACCACCCAGUGUCAUUUCGAGGCUGGAUAUUGACAGAGAGCAGCUAGAGAAGCUGUCUCGCAAACCGCCUAGUUCAUCGCGUCAGCAGCAGUUGAACCAUCAUCAACAAAUGCAACAGCAAAUGCAGCAACAACGUCAACAGUACCAGCAAUAUCAGCAAUACCAGCAAUAUCAGCAGCAGCAGCAGCAACAACAACAACAACAGCAGCAGCAGUUCUUAUUGCAGCAGCAACGAUAUCAACAGCAGCAGCAGCAGCAGCAGCAGCAGCAAAAACACGGUUUGAAUCAGUUUAACGUACAACAUCAGACAGCAUCUCAAUCAAGCUCAAACUACUUGUUCGCCAAAUACGUGUCUACUGUUCCAACUAUCAGUGCUACCUCAACUUCUCAAAAACGAGAUAGUUAUUCUGCUGGCUUUGCUCAACCUGAUGAUACAAUUCCUGUCAGCUCAUCAACAGCAGCAGUAGCUGCAGCUGCGGCAAUGAGCGGUCAGUACUACUACUAUAGUUCGCCAACGCCAACACACAGCACAAGAAAACAACAGCAAUUGCAGCAAUACAACAACUCUUUCAAUAACUAUACUGUGCAGCCACCGUAUAAACGACUCAGAUCAGACACAGUAACCUCUUACGAAGACGAUAAUGCUAAUCCUCAUGGCGAUGCAUCCACGAUUCACUCAUUUGAAGAUGCAAACAACCAACAUCGCUCUCGUAACAACAGUUUGACGACGCCUACUACAACUGCAGCGACUGAUUUUAUUGAUGUGGAUGAGUUGGCCACUGCUGCUACUGGCUCUCAUUCAUCCGCAGUGCAAGCAGCAGCAGCAGCAGCAGUGACAGCAGACUCAGAUUUGAUGUAUUGGGUGCUGGAAGAUCCAGGAACCUCGUUUUAUUCUGAUCAGCCACCAGCCCACCAACAACAACAAGCGUUUUCGAGACAAAAUCGAGCACAACCAAGCAACACUAGUCAUCAUAGCACCAAUUUCUUUUUGCAGCAGCAGCAGCAGCAGCAGCAACAAGCCAUGGAGCAAGAUACAAUUAACCACAGUAAUGCCAAUUUGACAAAACUGCCUCUUCCUCAUCCAUCUAAAUCGACAUCUAUGCCUUUAAAGACAUGGUCUCCUGCUCCAGCUCAGUACUCAAACAAAUUUUUCUUUGCAUCCGAAGUUCAAACACUGCACUGUCAGACCCCUUCCUUGAUCAAUUUUGAAAGCUCAGCAUUUCCAAUUGGAUUGAAUGUGAUACAUGAAGAAGACGACGCUGAACCGCAUCCUUCAACAUCUUCAUCUUCAUCUUCUCCAUCCCAAUUGCUAUGCCCACCCACACAUCUGCACCAUAGAGCAAGCAUCACGUCUGACAAAAGCAGCAGUACUAAUGGUAGUGGUUUUGGUACUAUUGGCAAUAACAGCAACAGCAAGAGUGCAGAUACAAUCACUACAGUUGAAAAUGCAGAAGCCGCCGCCGCUGCUGCUGCUGCAAUCUGGGCAUCCACUGCUGCUGCUUUGAAUUACUCUAAUGCUGCCCCAACUGCCAAGACAUCUACAGCAUCUCCUUCCCACUCUAGACGUUCUUCUGUCUCCUCUCAUUAUCAUCGACAACGGAAUCAGCAUCGUCAUCAAACAAGCAGUAAAUCAACGCUUGUUCAUUACAUCAAUAAUGAAAAAGUAGGUAAUGAUGAAUACUAG